AUGGUUGCAAUGUUAAGACGUAUCUUCUUUGAUUUUUACAAGGAUGACUACGACGGUCUUCGACAGUAUAUUUCGCAAAUCGACAUCGGAUUCGUCUGUGAGAUUCUAGAAAACACUUUCUCUACAACACGUUGGUGUCGGAAGGGAAGAAUUUGGAGCGCUAUGGGUGACAACCCACCGGCAGAUCGACAGAUUCUCCAAGUCAACGCUCUUGGAGCAGCUGAGUUCAUUUCAAUGGUUCUUCCGCCAAUGGAAAAACGUGGAGGAGGUCAGAUAGUCGUGCUUUCUUCGUGUUUGGGGAUCAGGCCGAUACCAUAUGUAGCCUCAUACUCAGCUGGGAAGGUAAGGAUCUGUAGAGAACGCUAUUUUGGAUGGAUAGUAUUGUUGCGUGAGAAAGAGCUUGGUCUCGCUAUAUAG